ACCUCUAGUGACAGGGACUUUGCCUUCGAAUCUGGAUGGCUAAAGAUGAUGCGUUUACGGAUGACCAGAAACAUUGUCUUAAAAAAUCCUUUAGUUCAUAUCGCCAAAACACUAGCAGCAUUGCAGACACUACUCAGUUAUCCAUGUCGACAACCAGCUAUGAUCGAGCAAGUGAGAUCAAGGCUUUCGAUGAGACGAAAGCCGGAGUCAAAGGCCUCGUCGAUGCCGGCAUCACUGAAGUUCCCCGCUUUUUCAUUCAUCCGACUGAAACAAUAAUUUCCGAUUCUACAACUGAGUUGCAAAUUCCGGUUAUUGACAUGAAAGAUGUUAAUACUAGAAAAAAAGAAAUAGUGGAGAAGGUAAAAGAGGCUUCGGAGACAAUCGGUUUUUUCAAAGUGGCUAACCAUGGAGUGCCCAACAAAGUGAUGGAUGAAAUGCUGGAUGCAAUAAAGAGGUUCAUGGACGAUGAUGAUGAAGGAGAGAAGAAAAAAUACUACUCUAGAGAUAAUGAUCGAAAGGUGAUGUUCAAUUGCAACUACGAUCUUUACAGUUCCCCAGCGGCGAAUUGGCGUGAUACUUUAAUUUUUCGUAUGGCUCCUGAUCCUCCUGAAAAGGAAGAGGUACCAUGUGCUUUCCGGGAAAUAGUAUUUGAUUAUUCAUUUCACAUGAAAAAACUGGGAGAGGUUCUGCUUGAGCUUUUAUCAGAGGCUCUUGGACUGAAGCCUGAUCACUUGAAAGAGAUGGAAUGCGCACAUGGAAUUGUUGCUGCCUGCCAUUACUAUCCACCUUGUCCAGAGCCCCACCUCGCAAUUGGAACCAGUAAACACUCUGAUCCGGGCUUUUUUACAAUCCUUCUGCAAGAUAAAUCAAUUAGUGGCUUGCAAAUGCUUCAUAAUAAUAAAUGGGUUGAUGUUCCUCCCUCCCCUGGAUGCCUGGUCAUCAACAUAGCUGAUCUCUUGCAGCUGAUCUCAAAUGACAAGUUGAAGACUGUUGAGCAUAGAGUGCUUGCAAGCAAAGAAGGGCCAAGACUUUCGGUGGCAUGCUUGUUUCUUAAUCAAUAUAGUCCAUCAAGGGUUUACGGUCCUAUCAUGGAGUUGCUUGCUAAUGGAAGUGCACCUAUCUACAGAGAAGUUGUCAUAGAUGAGUUCAACAAACACUACAAUACUAAACGGCCUGAUGGGAUGUCUGCACUUGAUCAUUUCAAGCUAUAAACUUUUUUAUUUAGUUGUUAUUGCAUUUCUUUCGAAAAUAGUAUGUUUGGUGAAGUGGUAAGUUUGAGUUUGAACAAUUAUGUUAGAAAGAGCUUAUAUUUGAACAAUGACAAAUCAGAAAUGAGGACCAUGCAUGAAGUUAGCCACUGCACUAGAUCUUAUUCAGAAUAAUGUUAUUUCUUGGACCUCAUGCCUCUGUUUAGGGGCUAUGUCCUCUUUCUUUUUUAUAUACAAUUUACAUUGUGUGUC